AUGGACCAAUGGAGCGAAAAAGACGCCGAGCGAGGAGAGCAGGAGCAGGAACAGCAACGAGCGCCCUCCCUCGACCAGCAAUCCGUCGGCAUCACGAACACCGAUCCAGACCGCAUCGAGCAAAUUAUCGAGCCCUCCAACUUCGACGAGCUUGACCAAGCCACAUCUCUGAAGCGACAGUCACUCACGUAUGGUACUGAUCGGGAGAAACACCUCAGUGCCGAGCUGGAGCGGGAUCAGUACAAACGUGAGUCGGUGGAGACAUCGAACUAUCGAUUCUCGCAGAUUACAGCGAAUACGGGAACGAGCGUGGGUUGGGGUGAUGAUCCGGAGAAGAAGUCGGAGGAGGGAGAGAGUGGGGAUCAGGUCCCGCCGUUGAGGGAGGGAGAGGCUUUGCAGAGGCCUACUCACACGCGAGCGGCACAUAGUCAGGCUACGACGGUCGGACUGAGCAGUAGAAGAAGUUUGCCGAGUCUGAGGAGACGAGAGACGAAGUUGGCGCAGAAGGAGGCACAUCCUUGGCAACAUUUGGGAAUCACCUUAGGCGGACCCAUGAUCAUCCUCUUCGACCUCGUCGUCCCGUGUAUAGUCUACUACAGCUGGUACGACGCCCACCUGCGCUCCCGAAACCGGAGAUGCCGCAACGAACACCCCAACGAAGAUCCCUGCCCCAUUCCCCGACUACAAUACGACUCCGACAUUCUCGGCUACGCCAUCAUCUGCUUCGGCUUCGGCGAGCUCUGGAUCCUGCUCUCCCGCGUCCAUCGCCUGUACUACCACCAAGACGAAUGCGCGCCGCUCUUAUCCCGCCAUCGGUGGGAACUCGACGCCACGAGUUGGGUCUACGCCGUCGCGAUGAUCCUGGCAUUGAUCCCGUUCGUCAUCGGCUCGGAACUCGAACUUCAACACCUGUACCUCUACUCGCCGUGCUUCAUCAUGGGCUUCCUGGGUCUUCUGAUGUUCGUCACGACCUGCUUCUCCUUCACCCUGCCCAUCGGCAUCAAUUCUCAAGCGAGAGGCACCAAGCUCCGACCGUUCAUCUACUACGCCGCGGAAGACUUCAUCGCUGUUGACGGCAUGCAAGACCGGGAAUUCCGCGUGCGGUAUAACGAGCGGUACGAGACGAAUCGCCAGUUCAGACGGUUCUUCGUCAUCUUGACGAUUUGGUGGAUGUGUGGGAUUGUGAUUUACAUUGGCUGUGUGUCGGCCGUGAUCUGGAAGUGUGAAUUCCAUACGGCGUUUGGAUUGUCUUUGGGCGUUCUGUUCAGUUACAUCGCGAUUUGGGCGGGCACGAGUGCGAUUAUGGUGCACUACGAGAUGAAGCGGGAGCAUCUGGCGUAUGAGAAUGGCGAGAUCGAGGCGUGA